GCGGCGGCCAAUCAGCGGGCUGCGCUUUGGGGGAGCGGGAAAAGAAAGCCCCUGGUGCGCGCCAGCCAAUGACAGCCGCCGGCCGCGUCUGAGGAGAAGAGCUUGACCGGACUGGACCACCGGGGAUCUGGGCGGGAAAAUCGGCCGGCCAAUCACAUUGCAGCCUGCUGACUAUCUCUACAGAUGUAGCUGUGGAACACGGUGGAGCUUGAUUUAAGAGUCGACACCGGCACCAUUGAGUCUACACGCCCCCCAAACAUGGCAGGACCCUCUGAGAAAAGAGGGCGAGGGCGACCUGCUGGAAGCACAAACAAAAAACUUACCGUCAUGUCUCAAAUAAAUUCACUGCUGAAUAGACCACAAGACGCCCCUGUAAAAAGAGCGCGAGGUAGACCACGUUUAAUCCGACUUCCCGCUGUGGACAUCCCAAAGGCUAAAGUGUCGGAGGGUCCAAGAAACCAAAUCGCAGGACAGGAUUCAAGGAAAACAUCCGUAAGGAAGGCCGGCCUCCUGAGGAUUCGCAAAACGGCGGCUAAAGACAUGAUGAUGCUGGAGAAAACAGUGGGACCUCAUCCAUUGGUAAAAAUAGAGACGGCUGUGAAUGUACCAAUCGCGUCAGUCCGCUAUCAGAGUCCAACUCAUCACACCAAUAUGAUGAAAAAGUACACCAAUGAAAGAGGAAGGAACCCGACUAAGCACCUACUGGUUAACAAGCAACUCAAGACUUCCUUGCAAGGUCUUGGCACAAAAAGAGGAAGAGGGAGACCCAGAAAAGACUCUACAACACUAGCAAGGAAGCCUACAGAUCUAGCUGCAAUAACAGUAGUGGUGGAGGAAUUAAAACGAGGACGAGGAAGACCAAGGAAAGCGCAGCCGAAAAAACGAGACCAGGUUGCCCGUUUCAACCAUGAGAUCUGGAAUGGCUCGGUGCAAUAUGGGCAAUACCAAGACAUGGACCCGUUUCAAUCUUCUAAUGGUUUCAUCAACUCGUACAGGCAGAGGAACCCAACAGAGAUGGCGGUUGGCCUUGCAGACAAUGACCCUUUACAGAUAAGACAAGAAGCGAGGUCUCCCAGCCUGGAUCUGCAGGGCGGCGGCUGGGUGAGCAGAGAAUGGAUGAACAAGGAAGAAGACCUUCCCUGCUGGGAAACGAAGCCGCUGGCUCCGGAGUGGUCACCAGAGACGGCAGAAUGUGCAGAGAACACAUUGGACGAGAACUCUAUGUCGCAGUGGGUGGUGGAGGAUUCAACGGUUUCUCAAGUUUCUCAGUCUCAGUAUCUCGGAGAAUUGGCUCCAGAGCAACUGGACUAUCAGGAAGAACUCCUUAAAGAAUUGGCAGACUUCAAAAGCCAGCUGAAGAAUGAACUGGCAGCCACAAGGGCAGAGAUACGGGAAGGGGCCCAGAUGAUGAGGUCGGCCAUUUCUGGAGUGUCUGCUGAAAUCCAUCGACUAGGCCAAAUCCUGCAGCCUCUGGUCACUGCAAUCACUGCCGGCAACGUGUCUCAGCAGGGCCAUCCUGUGGCCUUUGAGCCCCGCCCACCUCAGGACACUCCUCCCGAUGACAGCGUGAAUUUUACGCAGCCCUCUGCGCACAACAAAACCUCUUUCUCCCAUCAGAACGCAGUCUUUGCUCAUCCUCCUAAAUUGCCUAAUGAUGGCCCGACUGAAGAGGUUUCUUCAGUGAAAAUGGAAGACGCCAAAGACAGUCUUCAGUCUUGUAAUCAUCAAGCGCAAUCUGCACUCGGUACACAAGUGGAUCCGCCUACAGCCCCCAUUAUGUUGGUUCCCCAUCAGCUCAACUUGUGCCAAAGUAAAUCUACAUCUUCAGUGAUACCGAAAUCGUCCACAAGCUUUCCUCCGCCUAACAUGAACAUCUUUGGUGGCCAACAAAGAGAUAAAUCUCCUGGCUUGUCGUCGAUUGGCUCUUUUCUUGAAGCGCCCACCACUAUGUCUUCACAGUCCUCUCCUCCAGCUCUUCCUGUGGAUUGUGCAACCAACUCCUCUGGAUCUGAAGCUUCCUCUUCUUCAGCAAGUUCUUCAAAUGAUGGUUCAUGUCAGGCAUCAACAGUAGUGGCUCCUCCAGUAGACCCUUGUUCCUACAAGCCCAUUAAAGUAUAACUAUAAGGGAAAACAAUUUUUUUUGAGAUUGGGAUAGAGUGCUGAUGGGUUAGAACCUUGUCAGGUUUUUAUUGCUAUGUGUGUCCCUGUUGGGGAGAUACACUCUCUCGAACUAUCCUGAUCAAGAAUGUCACCAGGAAUGAACGUGAUGGGAAAUCAAAAACUUAGCGUUACCACCAGAACUUCUGUGACAAGUCUAAUAGCGUGUACACGCGGUCGGAAUUUCCGACAACAAAUGUUCGAUGUGAGCUUUUGGUCGGAUAUUCCCACCUUGUGUAGACUCCGAUCGUCUGUAUAUGAUUCCGAAGCACAA